CACGUUUAUAACCUUUGACCUUUUCAGGAAAUACAACUUAAACGAUGUUAGCAAAAAGCUUGGAAGUAACGGUCUUACUUUUGUCCUAAGGAGAAUUAUUAUGACAUAACCCAGUAAGAUGUCUCUAAAAAGAUCAAACGCUACUCGACGAGGGCAGACAUACGGUGCAAUACAUACUGAGGACGAAAUAGGUGAGAGACAUCCGCCCUUUUAUCCGGGUGACAACGGAGAUCCAGGGGUCAUCAGCAGGGGACAGAGCAGCACCAUCAAGAAUGACGCGGUUGAAAGGUUACGAGGACAGGUCGAUGAAGUCAAGCAUAUCAUGACGGACAAUAUCGAGAAGGUCAUUGAGCGCGGGGAAAAGACGAGCGAACUAUCAUAUCGCACGGAAAAUCUGGCGGAAACAAGCAACACAUUCCUUAAAAAUGCCACGGACGUUCGAAAAGCUGCACAAUUUCGAAACUGCAAAUUGAUAUGCUGCAUAGUUGUUGUCGUGAUUGUAAUAGUGGGAGCUGUAACAUUGCUGGUGUUACAUUUCACGAAGGUGAUAUGACGCCCAUGGUCACCUGUCACAAACAGCCAUUUUGUGCCAAAGAAACAAUAAUGCACAUCUGGUCAUAAACACGCUCUUUCCAUCGUUUUGUGCAAUAUGAACAUCGUUAUAUGCAAUUGUUGUUUACAUUUACGAAAUUUGUUUCUUAUAAUUAAUAAACAUGUGCAUGAACUCAA